CUGCGCGUUUGAAUUCGCGACAUCCUCUCACGUUAAUGUGCAUAAAAGUUGCCAUACGUUGCUGUUAGAGCAACUCGCGCGACUCACUGUAACACCAACACAACCAUGGCGACAACAGCAAGAAAUGAGGUGUCACCCUUUCUAGACCCUGGUCCUCGAACGAAAGCCAAUUCGCUUGCAAUCCUCCAGCUGUCGCGCGACAAUCUCCUUCCCGUGUACCUGCAGCCACCGACUGGAGAGCACGAUGGCUAUGCCGAGGGCGCCGUUGUGAACACGCGCUAUGGCUCCUUCCCCCACUCGACAAUGUUGAACGUCCCUUGGGGCUCCCAGAUCCGCGCCUCAAAAGUUGACACGGGAUCACGAGGCCGCAAGAGAAAGCGAGAGUCGGGCGACGAUGCCUGCCGAGAAGCCACGGGCGCGGGCGAGAAGGAUGACGGGAAGGACAACGAAGGCUCACCUGCGGCGGCGGUGAAUGGAGAGUCCACGCCUUCCGUUAAACAAGCUGUGGCCGACACAAGCGGCUUCAUCCACAUCCUCCCGCCGACACCCGAAGUCUGGACGACCAGCCUACCACACCGGACCCAAGUCGUCUACACCCCGGAUUACAGCUAUAUUCUGCACAGGAUACGCGCGAGGCCCGGCUCCACUCUGAUUGAGGCGGGUGCCGGCAGUGGAAGCUUCACUCAUGCGUCAGUUCGCGCCGUCUAUAACGGUUACCCUACCGAAGGGCAGCGCAAAGGAAAGGUCUACAGUUUCGAAUUCCACGAGCAACGCUACCACAAGAUGAAGCAGGAACUUUCGGACCAUGGCUUAGACGGGCUCGUGGAACUAACCCACCGCGACGUCUACAAUGGCGGUUUCCUGGUGGACGGCAAGAGCCCGGAGGCUGACGCCGUCUUUCUGGAUCUGCCGGCUCCCUGGGAGGCACUUCCCCACUUGUCUCGGCGGAGGCCGCAGACAUCGCUCAACACGAACGACGCUACUGCAGGAGACGAGCAGACCGGAUGGGUGUCGCCACUAAACCCCAAGAAGAGCGUGUACCUCUGCACGUUUUCUCCCUGCAUCGAGCAAGUAACCCGGACCGUGUCAGUGAUGCGGCGCCUCGGGUGGGUAGACAUCGACAUGGUCGAGAUCGCCAACCGGAAGCUACACACGUCACGAGAGCGUGUCGGGCUGAACCUCAACUUUGACCGGGGCGUCAACAACUCGCCGCACGACGUUGAGGAAGCCUUGACCAGGUUAGAAGGAAUUGAGGGCCGCUUCCGCGAGCACGCAGCAAAACCAAAGGACGGUGAUGAGGACAUGGACUCGGGUGACGAGGGGGAUGUGCAGCCCACUGCCAAGCAGAGUGCGGCAGCGGUUGAGGGCAACCAGGGUGUCUCGGCAGACCAGGCAACGUCUGGGACGGCCCCUUGGAUGGAGGGCCGCCUUAUCACGCGCGGCGAGCCAGAGAUCAAGACGCACACCUCAUACCUCGUCUUCGCAGUGCUCCCCAUGGAAUGGAGCGAGGAGGACGAGGCUGCCGCUGCGGCUAAGUAUCCCGUGGGCAAAGAACAGAAGGUCAUUGGCGCCGUGGACAAGGCUGCCAGGAAGCAGGAGAAGAGGGAGCAGUUGCAGAAGCAGCAGGGUAAUAGUAGGAAAGCGCGGAGGAAGGAGAGGGAUGAGAAGCUGGGCGAAGCGUCUGGUUGAAAAAAAAGGCUCGGUGAUAUUUUUGGCGCUUCACUGGUGAUCAUAUGCGCAUCCGCAGGCGUUUGGAGGGUACUGGAUGGGCUGGGUGCAAAGUGCUAGACUCCCAUUUAUACCCACAAAGAGGCCGAUAUGGCACAUGACAUGCUUAGAGGAGGAACCGCAAGCAUAGGAAAA